CACACAACCGCCACAAUGGGCCUGGCUACUAACGUUAACCAGCAUUCCAUGACCUCAGACUGGCCGCUCAAGGACCGGGCAACAUGGAAUAGCUACCAGCGCUUCAUCGAUCUCAUCAACAUCUAUCCUGUCUUUCCAAACAAGCCACUGCCUGUCCAUCCGAAGACCGAUAAGCUCCCAUACAUGUCGCAACUAUCGCAGCACCUCUUUAUCAUCUUCUUCGCCGCCGUGCCCCUGCUACUACACCAAGCGUGGGUCACCCUGACUGGGCACGGCCUCGGAAAGCUCGCCACAUUUCUCUCCUACAAUGGCGUAUACACAUUGGUGGCGAUCCAUGAAGUUCGCAUGCUGCGUCGUCUAUCAUACGAACAUGGCUGCUUAGAUGGAGAUGUUCACAAGCGAGACGAUAUUCCUAACACCGGCGCGGGGAAGAUAAUAGGCUCGAUGCACAAGACCGCAGCCUUCCGCAUGGCGAUGGCUGUCCUUGUCACCUACAACCCCGGUGUGUCUCCCCUGGAUGCGAUUAGGGACACAACCUCGUGGGCUCCUUUCCUUGCAAAGCUCAGCCUGUACGGUGUCGUUCUCGACUUCUGGUUCUACAGCUACCACCGGGCCUGCCACGAGGUGCCCUCUCUUUGGAAAUACCACCGCACACACCAUUUAACCAAGCACCCCACUGCCGUUUUCUCCGCGUUUGCCGAUGACGAGCAGGAAAUCAUUGAAAUGGUUAUCGUGCCGUUCCUGACUUUUGCCACGUUAUGGGUAAUCGGCCUCCCACUGGGCUUCUAUGAGUGGUGGGUCUGCUACGAGUAUGUCACUUACGCCGAAGUCAUGGGCCACAGUGGCGUCCGUGUCCAUACUAUCGUGCCUUCGCCAAUUACAUGGCUGCUGAAGCUCUGUGAUGCCGAAUUGGCAUUGGAAGACCACGACAUGCAUCAUCGCAAGGGAUGGAGGAAGAGUUUCAACUAUGGAAAGCAGACCAGGGUAUGGGACCGACUGUUCAACAGCUGCCUGGAUAGAGUGGAGGCAGAGGCAUCGAAUAUCGACUAUGGGAAUGUGGUGUUGAUGCCUAUUUUCUAGACCUACUAUCAA